AUGAGCGCUGUGCUGCUGGCCGCCCUGCUGGCUGUGGCAUCGGCACCCAGCACCCGGGCCAUGUGGCUAGGGAGGCUGGACCCUCAGCAGCUCAUGGGGUCCUGGUAUGUCCUCGCCGUGGCCUCGGGGGAGAAGGACUUCGCGCUGGAGAAGGCCACAAAGAGCGUCGAGGGGGUUGAGGUGAUGCUGACGUCCCAGAACACCCUGAAGAUGCGGGCUUCCCGGCACAGGAUGGAGAGAUGCCACCUGCAGGGUGUGGAGCUGCAGAGACAAAAUUCCAGAUGGGUCUUCGGGAAUCCCUCCCUGGGCGUGCUGGAGUACCGGGUGCUGGGCACCAACUUCAGGGACUACGCUAUAGUGUUCACACAGCUGGAGGCCCAGGAGGAGGCCUUCAGCACGGUGGAGCUGUACAGCCGGACGGCCCUAGCCAGUCAGGAGGCUCUGGGCCGCUUUGCCAAGUGGAGCCGGAGCCUGGGCUUCCUGCCGCAGCAGCAGGCCGAACUCCAGAGGGACUUCACCUGCGCACACAAGGUCUUCCCGUGA